UUGCUGACCCUUCUUCUAACUUUUAAGAGAAAUUCCAGAAUCCAUACCGGCGAGAAACAUUUUUCUUGUAAACACUGCUCAAAGUCAUUUUUCAAUGCUUAAAAUUUAUAAGUCCGUUUGGAGAUCUAUAAUGGCCAGAAAUCAUAUUCCAGACAACAUUGAGCAAAGGCAUUUUCCUGCACUUCAUAUUUUAAAAAAAUACUUAAGGUUCAUUGUGGCGAGAAACCAAAGCAAUCAUUUUCCUGCAAGCAUUGUUCGAUGGCAUUUUGUAGAGCUACGAAAAUAGAGAAACUUCAGAGAAUGUUUUCUGGUGAGAAACUGGAUCAGCAACAUUCCUGUAAAUAUUUCUCAAUGUCAUUUCCCGACAAUUCACAUUUAUUAACACAUCUGAGAACCCAUACUGGUAAAAAACCGCAUUCCUGUGCACAUUGCUCAAUGGCAUUUUCCAACAAUUCACAUUUAUUAACACAUCUGAGAACCUAUUCUGGUAAAAAACCGCGUUCCUGUGCACAUUGCUCAAAGGCAUUUUCCAACUCUACAGAUUUAAAGAGACAUCUGAGAACCCAUACUGGAGAGAAACCGUACUCCUGCGAAUAUUGCUCAAAAUCAUUUACCCAAGCUCAAAAUUUGAAAGAACAUCUGACUAUCCAUUCUGAUGAGAAGCCGUAUAGCUGUGACUUUUGUUCAAAGGCAUUUUCCAGGCGUGCAAAUUUAAAGAAACAUCUGAGAACCCAUUCUGGAGAGAAACCGUAUUCCUGUGAAUAUUGCUCAAAAUCAUUUUCCCAAGCUCAAAGUUUGAAAGAACAUCUGAGGAUCCAUUCUGAUGAGAAGCGGUAUAGCUGUGACUUUUGUUCAAAGACAUUUUCCAUUCGUGCGUAUUUAAGGAAACAUCUGAGAACCCAUUCUGGAGAGAAACCGUACUCCUGCGAAUAUUGCUCAAAAUCAUUUUCCCAAGCUCAAAGUUUGAAAGAACAUCUGAGGAUCCAUUCUAAUGAGAAGCCGUAUAGUUGUGACUUUUGUUCAAAGGCAUUUUCCAGUUGUUCAAAUUUCAAGAAACAUCUGAGAACUCAUACGGGUGAGAAGCCUUAUAGCUGCGAAGUUUGUUCAAAAGCAUUUUCCAGCUCUGCAAUUUUAAAGAAACAUGUCGAAAUCCACACCGCCACCGGGGAGAAACCAGCUCAACUAAACCCGUCCAAACACUGCUGAAAGGCAUUUUAAAGCAUUUCAAGUUUAAAAACACAUUUUCCUAAAUCUGUACUUGGAAAAAACAGUUUGCAGAUGGAAACUGCUGAAAGGCAUUUUGAAACAUUUCAAGUUUAAAAACACAUUUGCCUAAAU